CAAAUGUCGACUAAAACACCAGUAAACGACGAUCAAAAACACCACCAAACUACGAUGAAAAAAGUACCACCAAACGACUACCAAAAUCGCCAGCAAACGACGACCAAAACUCCAGUAAACGACGAUCCAAAACUCCAACAAAUUACGACAAAAAGUACCACCAAACGACGACCAAAAUCGCCAGCAAACGACGACAAAACCACCAGUAAACAACGAUCAAAAGCUCCAGCAAACGGCGACGGAAAGUACCACCAAAUGACGAAAGCACCAAAACAAAGCGACGACGAAAGCACCUACUACAAAGGCACCACAAAAACAGCGCGAUUCUAUGUUGAUCA